AUGUCUCUGAACGAACAUUUAGCCACGCAGAUUCUCAAGCAGGAUGCGCUAAGCUCCUCAGGCUCGCAGCCCGUUUAUUUGACGAAAGUGGAAGUCAAUGGUGCAGACAGCUUCUCCAGAGAGUUUUUUGGCAAGCUCUUGGCGCCUUUGGUAGAAGAGAGCGACUACACGUUGAAGCAAUUGGUGCAGCGGACAGAAGACUGUUUCGGGAACUUGCAAAAGGCGCUGGUAUUCCGGUCGGUGGCACCUUCCGUGCACGUGGACUACAUGCAUCUGGUUCCGGACCUCAAGUCGUACAACAAGGACAAGCCCAUUCCAACGCGGGUGGUUUUCGACCUUGAAGCGGGCGACUUGAGUUCUGGAGACGCUACGUUGGGCUUCAACACGCAGGACAACCUUGUGGUUGAUUUGGGCUACACCAACAACAACUUCAACCACAACGGUGAGCUUGUGAAAAUCGGCGUCAACUACAGGCCGUACAAGCCUGCCGAGCACUUGGUGUCGACCAUGAGACUCGUGCUGGGUUUGCGCAACCCGGCGUACAAGUUCUUGGUGGACUUGUACUCGUCACAGGACAACAACCAGCAGUGGCAGCAGAGUCUGAGCAAGGCCACGGGAGGUGUUCUUGGCGUGUCAUUCUUGAACACGGCCAAGACCGUUUCUGUGUUCGGCGGUUUGGCCUUGACGAAACGGACCGUGUACGACGUCCAGGACGAUCUUCUGGAACAUGCGGGCGACUUUCUCAAGUCGUCUGCCCUUGCCCGUCUCUCGUUUUCCAACGUGGGCUACUUGGGCCAGCUGUUCCCGGCCAACGGUGUGACUGCCACUGUUUCGAGCGAAAUCAGCUCCGACCAGGAACAAGAACCUACCAGCACACGCCAGGCAUUUUUCGCCAAAACUGCGGGAAAACUCGACCUCUACAAAUCCUUCUUGCGCAACAGGUUCACCGCCCACUUGUUCUCUGAGGCCGGCGCCAUCUACGCCUCUGCGGGCAACUCCUUUGGUGUGCACUUGUGCGACCGCUUCUACUUGGGCGGAAUCGGGUCCUUGCCUGGUUUUGCUCGCAACAGCGUCAACACCAGCGGCGGAACACAGUACUACAAAGCAGGAAUGUCGCUCUUCACGCGUAUUCCUUCAUUUGUGCAUGAAAAACCAACUAACGAAACCAGUCCGUUGCGCUUAUAUGCUACCGGAGCCGUGGGAAACGUGGGAGACAAUCUAUUGGCGGAGAGCGGCGCCUGCAGCGCGGGCGUAGGCCUUCGGUACUUUAACGAGUGGGUAAGCUUGGACGCGGGCUAUUUUGUGGCGCAGAGACUCCAAAGCAGCAGUGUGGCCGGUAUCCGGGACGGUUUCCAGUUGGAGCUUUCGCUUGGAGGGACUACUCGUGUGAACUAG